CUUAUGAGAUGAUUAAAUUCAGGGUAAGUUUUGAAAUCAGUAUAUUGUAUUCUAGUAGAGUCAAAUUUUUACGUUCUACGAUGCAACUAUUUCCCCAGAUAAUUCGGAGUCUAAAUUUUUAGGUGCAUAAAGCACGUGAAAUUGAGACCAAUGCACUUUCAAUUGCAAGAGUUUGUGAAUAUGCAAAAAUGGAUAAAGAGGAACGGUGGAUAAUGUCAAAAAGACCACCAGUGGGGUGGCCCGAUAGAGCAAUAAUAGAGUUUGUUAACUACAAGGCUCAGUACAGGAAGGAUCUUGAUUUAGCCCUGAAUGAUGUCUCUUUUCAGACACAGAGUAAAGAGAAGGUUGGAAUUGUUGGAAGAACAGGAGCUGGUAAAUCAACACUCACAAAUUGCUUGUUUAGAGUUCUAGACGGAUCUGAAGGCAAAAUAAUUAGCAAUGGAAUUGAUAUAUCAACUAUUGGACUCCAUGACCCACGUGGAAAUCUUAACAUUAUUCCACAG